GUUAUUAAGCGAUGGAUAUGAUAUCAAAUUGUUUUAUGUAAUGGCAGCUCUGUAGUGUGGUAUCGGAAAACGAGUGGUAUUGGACUUGUCAUUUUCACAAUUCAAAGCAAGAUGUUCGGGUUAAGAGCCGCUGGGAAGACUGAAAAAAUGAUUUUGCCGUUUUUAAGCAAUUUAAGCCGUGGUGCUGCUGCUAAAGCUGCUACUGCAGCUGCUGGCGCUAAUGGAAAGAUUGUAGCAGUUAUUGGUGCUGUUGUGGAUGUGCAGUUCGACGAUGACUUACCACCAAUUUUGAAUGCUCUGGAGGUGGAGAAUCGGGCUCCACGUCUUGUGUUGGAAGUGGCCCAACAUUUAGGUGAAAACACAGUGCGUACUAUUGCUAUGGAUGGCACGGAGGGUCUGGUACGUGGACAAAAGGUUCUAGAUACUGGCUACCCAAUCCGUAUUCCUGUCGGCGCUGAAACUUUGGGUCGAAUCAUCAACGUUAUUGGUGAACCUAUUGAUGAGCGCGGACCCAUUCCAACAAGCAAGACCGCUCCCAUUCAUGCUGAAGCUCCUGAAUUCGUCGACAUGUCUGUCGAACAAGAAAUUUUAGUAACCGGAAUCAAAGUCGUCGACUUACUAGCUCCCUAUGCAAAAGGUGGCAAAAUUGGUUUGUUUGGGGGCGCUGGAGUCGGAAAGACCGUAUUAAUUAUGGAGUUGAUCAAUAACGUUGCCAAGGCUCAUGGUGGUUAUUCAGUCUUCGCAGGUGUUGGAGAGCGCACGCGUGAAGGCAAUGAUUUGUACAAUGAAAUGAUCGAGUCUGGUGUAAUUUCACUGAAAGACAAAACAUCGAAGGUAGCUUUGGUAUACGGUCAAAUGAACGAACCCCCAGGCGCUCGAGCUCGUGUUGCGUUGACUGGAUUAACUGUUGCCGAAUAUUUCCGUGACCAAGAGGGUCAAGAUGUAUUGUUAUUUAUUGAUAACAUUUUCCGUUUCACCCAAGCCGGUUCUGAGGUAUCCGCUUUAUUGGGUCGUAUUCCAUCUGCUGUGGGUUAUCAACCAACUCUUGCUACUGAUAUGGGUUCUAUGCAGGAGCGUAUUACCACCACCAAGAAAGGUUCAAUCACUUCAGUUCAAGCUAUUUACGUACCUGCUGAUGAUUUGACCGAUCCUGCCCCAGCAACAACAUUUGCUCACUUGGAUGCUACAACAGUACUGUCGCGUGCUAUUGCAGAACUGGGAAUUUAUCCAGCUGUGGAUCCUUUGGAUUCUACUUCACGUAUCAUGGAUCCUAAUAUUAUUGGUCAAGAGCACUACAACGUAGCACGUGGUGUACAGAAAAUUCUGCAAGACUACAAGUCACUGCAAGAUAUCAUCGCCAUUUUGGGUAUGGAUGAGUUGUCUGAAGAGGAUAAACUUACAGUUGCACGUGCUCGCAAGAUCCAACGUUUCUUGUCACAGCCGUUCCAGGUUGCUGAAGUGUUUACCGGUCACGCUGGAAAACUGGUACCACUCGAAGAAACCAUUAAGGGAUUCAAUCAGAUUUUGGCAGGCGAAUACGAUCAUCUUCCUGAAGUUGCAUUUUAUAUGGUUGGACCAAUUGAAGAAGUCGUCCAGAAAGCUGAACGUUUGGCAAAGGAGGCCUCAUAAGUUCAGGUGUAAGAGUAAACGCUAAAUAAAAACCAAUGGUCGCUGCGUUAACAGCUUCAGUUGAUCUAACAUAUUAUUGAAUUCGUGAAUAUAUUUAACUGCCGAAUAAAAUGUUAUUUCUUUAAUA